AUGGAUAAGAAUUUGUCAUUGAAGUUAAAUGGUGGCAGACAUGAACAAGGAAUACUACAGGGCCUCGAUCCCUCUAUGAAUCUUGUGAGUGAUGAGUGUAUGGAGAUGGCACCUAGUGGGCAUCAGAAUAACAUUGGAAUGUUGGUCACACAAGGAAAUGGCAUCAUCAUGUUUGAAGACUUGCAAAGAGUCUGA